GUCUACUAUUUUCUUUCGCAUGCCUCCCAUUCUCGCCGAGUUGCAUGCUACUUCGGUUGCUCAACAACAAUAUGUGGAUGUCUCUCCUUCACUAUGGAAAAAGCUUCAGGGCCAUCAUGAUACUUCUCCUUUAGCGGUUUCUAUUACCUUUUUACAGCUAAACUUGGAUGACCCGAUAAAAAAGGAUGCUAAACAUCGCUAUCUGCCAAAAUCGAUCGUUGUAUAUGCUCGGCUAUCGCAACAGGACCUUGGUAGAGACACUGUAAGUUUGCAUCCAAGUUUUAUAACAUCAGUCUAUGGCCCCCAGCAAAUCUCGACCGAGUUAGAGGAGCAGCUAGAAUUGGACCUUCUAGACGAAGGUAUUGCCGCAGACGACCAUCAGUACUUUGUGCAUAUCGCGCCUACAAAUCUGAUUGAAUGCGAUGAGGUUAUUCUGGGGGCUCUUGAUAAGAAAUCAUAUGAUUUUAUUGCUGAAAAACCUGAUGGAUUAGCCGAACUUUUAAAAUCUGGCGAAGAACCCCCAAAGAUAAUCAGGUCCUCAACAAUCGUUACAUUCAAUGAAGACUUGCGCUACAAGGUGUUGAUGUCCAACCCAGUACUUCAAGGCAAGAUCAUCUCGACAGCGCGAACAAAAGUUAUUGUUGUAGAUAUAAGCGCUUCUGGAGAUAGCGAAGAGGAGGUUGACGUAUCUGCAGACGAUGAUGCAACGGAUCCAUUAUCAUUCUCGAUGCUAAAAGACAAAAAGGAUGGCCCACAAGUUAUUGAAUCUCAGGCAUUUCAGCCCGCUAUCCUCACAACACCUUGGCCAGAUCAUCAACUGGUUCCUAAUCCGCCUUCAGACGACGAUAAUGAAUGUCGAGUUUAUGUUCAUGUAGAAGAUUUGGCCCGUUGUGGGGUCUUCAGUAGCGAUUGGGUAUUGGUUUCUGGCGGAAACCAUAAGCGUAGCCGACUAUGCCGUAUCUAUGGUGUAGACAUGGAUACAUAUGAUGGUGUUCGAAGCAAUAGUGUUGCUUAUGUCUCGCCGCAAUUGUACUUCAACCUUGGCCUUUCGUUACCACCUUCUUCAAUUGAUAGCUCAAAUUUGUACAUCACUCGCCUAGCUAAACCGGUCACAGAAGGGCCACCUGUAGCGAAAGCACUCACUGUAUCAAGAGUUGCGUCAGUAGUCUCUGUGGAUAAGCUGCUUCAAAAUGCACUUUUAGAUGCGCUAAAGCAAUGGUUUGAGGAAAGGACAAGAAUUGUCUGUGAAGGAGACAUUUUGGCGGUCAGUUUGGACGAAGAUCCAGCAAGAUUGUUGCCACAAGGUCGUGACAUGGAUGAUUUCUCGCAUCUCAGCCUUCCUAUUCCUUCUAAACCUACCGCUAUCGCUUAUUUCAAAAUCACCCAUCUUGAAGAGGAUGAACGAAAACAAGAUGAUCCCCACCCAGCUUAUUUUGGGGCCGGGAGAAAGAUAUCUACCAAUUACACACAUAUGGUGCAAACCGGUUUGGAAUGCUCAAGGGUACCAAUUGGCGAAAUUAGUAGAUAUUAUGGGUUAACACGCAAGCUUCCAAAGUGCCAAACUGAUAUCCCAGCUUACAACCAAAUAUUCAACCUACUUUCAUCGUCUCUUCAUCCAUUGGCAAAGGAUUUGAACCUAUCGUGUACUGUUCUAGUUCAAGGUCCCAGGGGUGGAGGAAAAUCGACCGUUGUCAAGUGGGUUGCUGAACAUGUCGGUGUCCAUGUUUUCGAAAUCAAUGCAUUUGAUAUCGUUGGCGAAACAGAUGCAAAAACCGAAGUGUAUUUGCGGGCAAAAUUCGAAAAAGCAAUGGUCAUGUCACCAUGCGUAAUCCUACUUCGUGGUAUUGAAGGUCUGGCAAGAAAAAGCGCAGUUGUUGAAACUGGUCAGGAACCUUUGAUUUCCACUGUGCUUCAAGACUGCAUACAAAAUAUUACAAACGCCCACUCAGUCACCGGAUACCCCGUCAUGCUGGUGGCAACCACAAGCGAUGUUGAUAAUUUGCCCACUAGUAUUCUUGGAUGCUUUAGACAUGAACUUGUGAUUGAAGCUCCUGCAGAAGCUAUUCGGCUGCAAAUGCUCGAAAGUUUAACAGAAAAAUCUCCUUUGGCCCCUGACGUAUCCUUACAAAGCUUGGCGACACAAACAGCUGCUUUGGUCUCCAAAGAUCUGGUCGAUCUCGUUGGCCGUUCAGGAGUUAUAGCGAUGAACAGAGUUCACAAGGCACUCGAAACAAAUCAAAGUGAUUUCGUUACUGACCGAGAUGUCGAAUAUGCCGGUGUGGCACUCACUGCCCAUGAUUUUGACGCGGCCCUCAAUCAAGCACGAGCAAGCUAUAGUGAUUCGAUUGGUGCUCCAAAGAUACCUAAUGUAACAUGGGAUGAUGUUGGAGGCUUGGCGAACGUUAAGGAUGACAUUUUGGAUACCAUCCAGCUUCCCCUCGAACAUCCCGAGCUUUUUGGUGCUGGAAUGAAGAAACGAAGUGGCAUUCUUUUAUAUGGACCUCCUGGUACUGGCAAAACAUUACUUGCCAAGGCUAUCGCAACAUCAUGCUCUCUCAACUUCUUCUCUGUUAAGGGACCUGAGCUACUCAAUAUGUACAUUGGUGAAUCUGAAGCUAACGUUAGACGAGUGUUUCAACGUGCUCGAGACGCCAAGCCAUGUGUCAUUUUCUUCGACGAGCUGGACUCUGUCGCUCCUAAGCGUGGCGAAAAGGGUGACUCCGGCGGCGUUAUGGACCGUAUUGUCAGUCAACUUUUAGCCGAGCUGGAUGGUAUGAGCGAAGGUGAGAGUGGUGCUGGCGAUGUGUUUGUCAUUGGCGCAACCAAUCGACCAGAUUUGUUGGAUCCAGCACUUCUCCGUCCAGGAAGAUUCGACAAACUUCUGUACCUUGGAGUAAGUCAAGAUCAUCAACAGCAGCUCAAGAUUAUUGAAGCCUUGACGAGAAAAUUCAGACUUCAUCCGGACCUGGAUCUUGCUAGAGUUGCCGAGCAGUGUCCUUUCCAUUAUACCGGAGCGGACUUUUACGCAUUAUGCUCAGACGCUAUGUUGAAAGCUAUGACAAGAGUAGCCGAAGGGAUUGAACAAAAAGUGGAAGAAUACAAUGCCUCUGGAGACCAUGAGCCAGCGACCAUCACAGCCCAGUACUACCUUGCCCAUAUGGCCACACCGGAGGACAUCGUGGUGCAAGUCACGGAACCAGAUUUCGUUCGAGCGCUUCAAGAAUUGAUUCCAAGCGUAUCUGCUACUGAAUUAGAACAUUACAAGACAGUCCGAGCUCGUUUCGAGAAGAAGGAAGAGGAAACUGCCGUAGAAGAACCUGUGCAUGAGGCAAAACCAGCGCCUAAUAAGGGUAAAGGCAAAGGCAAGGCUAGAGUACAAUGAUGAUGGGCCUAAUUUGCUAGAGCAGAAGAUGAUCUUUUAAAACUGAAUGGCAUAUUCAUGACCUUAAUCCUGAAAAUAAUUAAUAUAAACCCUCACAGUUGGUGCAGCUUUUCCAUACGCUC